AGGCCCAGGAGAGGCCCUACUAUGCAGACUACUCCCCGGUGCGUCUCACCAUCCACACGUUGUGCACCAGCCACUACCUGGACCUCUUCAUCACCGUCAUCAUCGCUACCAACGUCCUCACCAUGAGCAUGGAGCACUACAACCAGCCGCAGUAUCUGGAGGAGGGGUUGAAGUAUUGUAACUACGUCUUCACUCUGGUGUUUGUUAUCGAGACGGUCCUCAAACUCAUCGCCUUCGGGCUGAGACGCUUCUUCAAGGAGAGGUGGAACCAGCUGGACCUGGCCAUAGUGUUGUUGUCCGUCAUGGGCAUCACUCUGGAGGAGAUUGACCUCAACGCAUCACUUCCCAUCAACCCCACCAUCAUACGCAUCAUGAGAGUACUGAGGAUCGCUAGAGUGUUGAAGCUGUUGAAGAUGGCAACAGGGAUGAGGGCACUACUAGACACUGUGGUUCAGGCCCUGCCUCAGGUGGGGAAUCUGGGUCUCCUCUUCAUGUUGCUGUUCUUCAUCUAUGCAGCACUGGGAGUGGAGCUGUUUGGGAAACUGGAGUGUUCCGAGGAGAACCCGUGUGAGGGUCUGAGUCGUCACGCCACGUUCCAGAACUUUGGCAUGGCGUUCCUCACCUUGUUCCGCGUUUCCACCGGUGACAACUGGAAUGGAAUUAUGAAGGACACGCUGCGGGACUGUCGUCCAGAGGACCGCUCCUGUCUGUCCUACCUUCCUCUGGUUUCUCCAGUCUACUUCGUGACCUUCGUCCUGACGGCCCAGUUCGUGCUGGUCAAUGUGGUGGUGGCAGUGUUGAUGAAACACCUCGAGGAGAGCAACAAGGAGGCACAGGAGGAGGCAGAGGAGGAGGCCAAGGAGGAGGAGGCGCGUCAGGAGGAGGCCAGGCAACAGGAGGCCAGGCAAGAGGAGGCGCGACAGGAGGCCAUCUGUCCCUUUAGCAACGCCACAGUGGGCGGCGUGGAAUCAUCUGGACAGGUUGUGGAAGAAGAGCGUUGUCGUGGUAGCCUGCUGACGGCGGGCCGGCCGUCUCUGUCUCGUAUGAUGUCUCUGCCUAGCGACAGCUACAUGCUCCGCCCCCUACAGCCUCUCGGACACACCCGCUACCCUCCCAUUGGCCACGACACCUACAAGGGAUACCGUUUCUCAGGUUCUGUCUACUCCAUGGGUUCUAGCGGAGCAGGAUCCCUACUGCAGGUCCCGGGGGCGUUACCAUCUGGAAGCCACGCAUCCCUCAGCUCCAGGGGCUCCAGCUGCAGACCCACAGUCAGGCUCAGCCCCUCCCACAGCGUAGACAGACACUCCCUCUCCAUGGCGAGACACACCCCCAGGAGGCCUGGCCACGUUGACAGCAGACGGGCCUCUUAUAUACAUAGCCCAUCCCACAGUAUGGAUACACAUAGUUACAGACUCAGCCCUGCUCAGAGCAUCGACAGAGACUCCUCCCGUUAUCUCGAUAGACGGGCCUCUUAUAUCCACAGCCCCUCCCACAGCAUGGACAGUAGACACACCCCUUAUCUCCACAGCCCCUCCCACAGCAUGGACAGUAGACACACCCCUUAUUUCCACAGCCCCUCCCACAGCAUGGACAGUAGACACACCCCUCGUAUGGAUAGACACACCCCUUAUAUUCACAGCCCCUCCCACAGCAUGGACAGUAGACACACCCUUUAUAUCCACAGCCCCUCCCACAGCAUGGACAGUAGACACACCCCUUAUGUCAAUAGCCCCGCACACAGCAUCAAUAGACACACCCCUCAUAACAAUAGACACACCUCUCAUAUGAGUAGGCCAUCCCACAGCAUGGACAGAGAGCCGGGACCCAGCUCCUCCCUCAGUGUGAGAAGACAGCUGAGGAGACAGGAGGCGGUGCGUUGCGACUCUGAGGACCUGAGCUGCAGUUCCACCGACGAUCUGCGGGGGAGCUCUGUCGACGGCACCCACCUCACCGUACCCAGCAUGCACCUCUCACCGCUACCCAGCCUGCCCCCUGGUGGUAACACACACCUGGACGUACACCACCCCUCCUCGCCGUCCCGCGCCCCCCGAGGACGCAUCUCCAGCGCACACACACUCCUCCACACACACACCGUACACACACUGCGUCACACACACAGUCAGAGGGUUAUAUCUACCAGAGGACACAGUAGGAACCACAGUGAUAGCGGGCCCCAGCGGCCUCCCAGCCCUCAGAUCUCCACCCCUCAGACGACAGACAACCCACAGACACCCCAGAGACCUGAGAUACUUCAGACCCCAGGUCCCAGCGUCACCAGCUCUCUCUGCUCUGGAGGUCCCAGCCUGUCCCUCUCCUCCCCCUCCACACCCUCAAUCCCCAGCCCCAACCUCACCAUCUCUCUCUGUUCUGGAGGUCCCAGCCUGUCCCUCUCCUCCCCCUCCACACCCUCAACCCCCAGCCCCAGCCUCACCAUCUCUCUCUGUUCUGGAGGUCCCAGCCUGUCCCUCUCCUCCCCCUCCACACCCUCAAUCCCCAGCCCCAACCUCACCAUCUCUACUCCCUCCACUCCCCAGAGCCCUCAGACCAGCUUUGACCCAAAGCAGAGUCCCAGUUCCAGCCCUGCCUUCAGCCGUGAUCCAUUUCCCCUGAGCCUCGGUUCCAGUCCUAGCCGUCUCCCCACUUCCUUUCCAGAUGAGACUGAUGAUGAAGUCUGUUGCAUCACACACCACGCGUCCAGCCCCUCACACACACCUGAACACACACACCACACGUCCAGCCCCCCACACACACCCUGCUCUCCCCAUACCUCCCUCCACGCCUGCCUCUCAUUUGAAGAGGACCAGAGGAACCUAUGUCUCAGCAGCCAAACGGCGUCUCCCGUUCGAGAGUGGACCAGGAAGCAGAGGAUGAGCCCGCCCUGCAUCUCCGUAGCCCCACCUGCUGAAGCCCAGGUUUCCACGGUGACCCAGUCGACGGACAGCAGCAUGCAUCUGAGGAGGCGGACCCUGUCGGUUGACUCCGCCUCGCAGAGAAACUCAUUGGACACGAACCCAGCGGAGACACGCCUUUCUGUCCCCUUUCUCCAAUUGGACUCCAGCUUUAUAAGCAUCACGGUGGAUUCUGACCAAUCAGGAUGCUCGUUAUUGACGGACAGCGAAUCAACCGUUGAGGGGGAGGGUGAGGGGAGAGAAGGGGGAGGAGCUCGGAACUCUCAGUCUCUGCUGGGAUUGGUUCCCAACCCUCUCAGAAGGAGGAGCUUAGUGCGCAUGCUCAGCACACGGGAAGGAGAGGAGGAGGAGACUCAACCCUGACCUCUGACCUCUAAGAAAUAGUUUCCUUUCUCCAACCCUCCUCCUAGAGAGACUCUGGUGAGGCACCAGGGUUUUAGUCCAGCCCUGUUGGAACAGGUCUGAUUCAGCCAAUCAGCUGUUGAUAAGGACAACCCUGACCUCUGACCCUUAACCCCCCCAGAAAGACUGCUGUGCUGUAGCCCCUCCCCCCUGAGGAGCCGUAGCUCCUCCCCCCUGAUGUCAGAGUGUGACAUCAUGGUACGGAAUGAUAUGCAAUUGGACCCCCCGCCUUCUCCCUCCCUCACCCACCCAUUGGUGGAAGCUGUGUGCGGUUGACCUUUUCCGUCCUGUGUGUCUGUUAGGAGACGAUAUGUGUGUGACAUCAUCAGAACCUCCGGCACUGAACACUAUAACUGCCAUUAGUCGACCUUUUAACUAUGUCACCUUUAAUCACCUUUGACCUUUCACCCAGGCGACAGUCUCCCGUCGCUACAGGCGACGUCACGUCCCUUCCUUUCUCCUGGAACACCCGGGAGGACCUUUCACCCGGCGACAGCCUCCCGUCACGUCCCUUCCUUUCUCCUGGAACACCCGGGAGGACCUCUCACCUUUUUUUGCCCAUUUAAAACACGAAGAAGUUUGAGUAGCACUAGAUCUAACGACGUCGCCUUUUAACCUUCGACCUUCAUCUGAUGUUUUGUCUGUUUCUUCCUGAUUGUACAGCUUCUGUCAGGUCCUGUUUUAGUCCAGACACUUCUCCUGUCUCCAUGGUUACUACCAGACACAUAUAUAGAGAAACAUGUUGUUAAAUAUAUGGCUAGAUAUAUGACUGUGGUUACUAUAACUAACUAACUAACUAACUGACAGAUUAGGAACUCUGUCACUUUAACUUAUAAUUACUAGAACUACUCUCUAUCUGUCUCUCUCUCUCUGUCUCUCUCUCUAUCUCCCUCUGUCUCUCUCUCUCUCUCUCUGUCUCUCUCUCUAUCUCCCUCUGUCUCUCUCUCUCUCUCUCUCUCUCUCUCUCU